AUGGGAGGAGAAGUUGUUUUGUUGAUUGAUGAUUUGAAAUCACUUUCUGGUUUUCCUCGUUGUAGAAUAUGUCAUGAAGAAGAGCUUGAAAGCUUCAAAAGCUUAGAAGCUCCUUGUGCUUGUUCUGGAACAGUUAAGUUUGCUCAUAGAGAUUGCAUUCAAACAUGGUGCAAUGAAAAAGGAAACACAACUUGUGAAAUUUGCUUACAACAGUAUGAGCCUGGAUAUACAGCACCACCACCAAAGAAAUGUAAAAAAUCAAAUGAAGUAAUGACCAUAAGAUAUAGCCUUGAAAUAUCAAGCAGAGAAGAAGAAGAAUUAAAUAGAAGAAUAGUUGAAUAUGAAGAAGGUGUAAGAAGAGAAAACAAUUACGUUGAAUGCACCUAUGCUGCUGAUAGAAGCGCGUUUUGUUGUCGAUCACUGGCUUUAGCUUUUACUCUCAUAUUACUUCUAAGACAUCUUUUUGCUUUGCUUACAAGUGGAAUGGAAGAUUACCCAUUUACAAUUCUUACGAUUUUUAUACUAAGGGCCAGUGGAAUUAUUAUACCUAUGUUCAUAAUUAUUAGGACUAUAGGUGCCAUUCAUAAAAGUAUCCAUCGUCAUUAUCAUCAUCAGGAUUCUGAUGAGGACUCAUCAAUGUCUGAUGGAGAUGAUGAAGAAAAUGGAACACCACAUAUUGCAAUUUUAAGACAUUCACAUUAUUAG